UAUAAACCCCCACGUCUUCCGCGGUGGGCGGGUACAGCAACAGCGCAUGGGAGUGAGAGAGGAGGAGGACGCGCAGACGGUGUUAGGCUGAGGCAGCGGCGGCUGUGGUGGCGCGGGGUCCUCCGAGGGGGGCGAGGCGGCCGCCCCUGAAAAGCCUCGUGAGCCGCGCAUGGACGACCACCUGCGCCUCCUGCAAUCCCCCCCGCCGAGCGUGACCAAAACUCGGGGUGACAACCUGGUGAACCACGGAUACAGGGAGACAGAGGCUGACGUCAUGACGGUGGCGGCGUGCGACAACAUGCUGGAGGAGUCGGCCGCGCUCCCCGGCCACCUUUCGCUUGACCGAUACGAACCGGACCACGAGUGCUGCGAGAGGGUGGUCAUCAACAUCUCAGGGCUGCGCUUCGAGACGCAGCUCAAGACUCUUUCGCAGUUCCCGGAGACCCUGCUGGGGGACCCCAAGAAAAGGAUGAGGUACUUUGACCCCCUCCGAAACGAGUACUUCUUUGACCGGAACCGACCGAGCUUUGACGCCAUUCUGUACUACUACCAGUCAGGAGGGCGCAUCAGGAGACCCGUCAACGUCCCCAUCGAUAUCUUCUCUGAGGAGAUACGCUUCUAUGAGCUGGGCGAGGAAGCUAUGGAGAAGUUCCGGGAGGAUGAGGGCUUCAUCAAGGAGGAAGAGCGCCCCUUGCCAGACAAUGAGUUCCAGAGACAGGUGUGGCUGCUUUUUGAGUACCCGGAGAGCUCGGGACCAGCUCGGGGCAUCGCCAUCGUCUCCGUCUUGGUCAUCCUUAUCUCCAUCGUCAUCUUCUGCUUGGAGACGCUUCCUGAGUUCCGGGACGAUAACCGAGAUCCCAUCGCUAUCGUGCCUGGUAUCAAUGGAACCUUCCCCUAUUUCGUCAGCCCCUUCUCUGACCCCUUCUUCGUGGUGGAAACUUUGUGCAUCAUCUGGUUCUCCUUUGAGCUGCUGGUGCGCUUCUUCGCCUGCCCGAGCAAAGCCACGUUUUCCAAGAAUAUCAUGAACAUUAUCGACAUCGUAGCCAUCAUCCCUUACUUCAUCACUUUGGGCACAGAGUUGGCAGAGAGGCAAGGGAACGGGCAGCAGGCCAUGUCCCUGGCCAUCCUGCGCGUCAUCCGCCUUGUGCGAGUCUUUCGCAUCUUCAAACUCUCGCGUCAUUCAAAAGGCUUGCAGAUUUUGGGUCAGACCCUCAAGGCCAGCAUGCGCGAACUGGGCCUGCUCAUCUUCUUCCUCUUCAUCGGCGUCAUCCUCUUCUCCAGUGCCGUCUACUUCGCAGAGGCAGACGACCCGGACUCGGGCUUCAACAGCAUCCCAGACGCCUUCUGGUGGGCCGUGGUCACCAUGACAACAGUGGGCUACGGGGACAUGCACCCGGUCACCAUCGGGGGCAAGAUCGUGGGCUCUCUGUGUGCUAUCGCUGGCGUGCUCACCAUCGCUUUGCCUGUUCCCGUCAUCGUCUCCAACUUCAACUACUUCUACCACCGGGAGACCGAGGGCGAGGAGCAGGCUCAGUACCUCCACGUGGGCAGUUGUCAGCCUCUGGCGGAGCCCGAGGAGCUGAGGAAGACACGCUCGUCUUCGUCGCUCAGCAAGAGCGAGUACAUGGUGAUUGAGGAGCAUGGCAUCAACAGCGCUUUCAAGCAGCAGCCAAACUUCUCCAGCAGCACGCAGAACAACUCACAGAACUGUGUCAACAUCAACAAAAAGAUCUUCACAGACGUGUAGACGGCCUGGUGUCACGGACCUCUUUGUGGCGGACCAAAACAAGGAAAGAAAGCUCUAGUCCAUUCAGAUUCACAGAAUUAGAAGCAAUCUCUCCUGCAACAGAAGGGGUGCACUGUAGCAGGUGUGUUGUCACAACAGGUAGUUAGAUAGGGAUGCUUUAUAACUGUGAAGACUCCUAAAUGUAUGAACAUGAGUAGUGAUCCGUCAGUUGUAGUCAAUGUGUACAAUUUCCUUGUACAAUGUUCAGGAUCGGUGUGCUCAAUGUGUCUAUAAACACACGUAAUGUCUGAAAAAAAAAGUCAGCCUGUAUUAUAUCAAAUA